UGUAUCUGUUACAGAAAUGAAUCUAGGACCCAAAAUGUCCAAGUGAGUGUACAUGGGCAUGAAUGGCUACAUCUGGAACUGGCUCACUUGUCUUCACUGAUGAUGUCACUGCUGACAGCAGCAGCUGGAUCCAUUCUGAAAUGUACAGAAACAUCUUGUCUGCUCAGAAACAAAUAAAUACCUCUCAACUUAUUGGAUGUUGCUUUGUCAUGCAGCAGGGCAGUUACCCCAAAACACACAGUGACAAAUAUUGUUUCAGGGCCACAAAUGGGAAAGUUCAUGACUGGCCAAGUCAAUUUCCAUUUGAAUCCAAUUGAAAAUGCACUGUGUACAUCCCCAAAACAAAACUCAAGGCAAAAAGGCCCCAAAUUCAGAAGAUGGUUGCUGUACAUGCCUUCCAGAACAUUGGCAGGGAUCCAUGCACUGCAGAAGGGUUCCAUGCACUGCAGAAGGGUUCCAUGCACUGCAGAAGGGAUCCAUGCACUGUAGAAAGGUUCCAUGCACUGCAGAAGGGAUCCAUGCACUGCAGAAGGGUUCCAUGCACUGCAGAAGGGAUCCAUGCACUGCAGAAGGGUGCCAUGUACUGCAGAAGGGAUCCAUGCACUGCCAAAGGGAUCCAUGCACUGCAGAAGGGAUCCAUGCACUGCAGAAGGGUUCCAUGCACUGCAGAAGGGAUCCAGGCGCGGCAGAAGGGUCUCUGGACCAGAUGUGCCUGUGGUUCAUCACAUUUUACUGCACUAGUUUUUUGUUUAUUUGUAUAUUGCAUAUUUUAUUCAAACAACAAUCAACAUACACUUUGUCAUUUAUUAUCAUGAGAGUAUUAACACAUCUCAUUGGAACAACCCAGAUCUCUCUGGUAGGAAUGUUUCAGAAUGUGUGGUUUCAAUUGUGGUUUCUAGACAUGAUUUUGCUCACCUGUCAUACACAAGAGACGCUGCAGUAAUUCUAUGAAAGAGGCACUCAUUUACAAGAAACGUUAUCUCAUCAGACCCUGGUCUGCCGAUGCAGAAUUGAGCAAUACACCAGUAGGAUUCAUUCAGAAAUAUACGGAAACAUCUGGUCUGCUCAGAAACAACUAAAUGUCUCCAAACGUAGUGGAUGUUGCUUCGUCAAUUACCCCAAAACACACUGCCAUAGCAACCAAGUAUUGUCUGCAAAAUUUGAGCGUUUGACCCAAGAGGAUAGUAUUUGGCCAACAUGCUAUUGCUAAGUGCUUCUCUUAGGCACAAUAUAAGCACAUGCUGUGAUGCAGGAUAGCAAAGGCUCACCUCUGUCUGUUAAACAGGCAAAGAGGAUAAAUAUCUGCAGAUCAGGGUCUGAUUAGAAGUAAACAGAUUCCUCUUUCAUAGAAUUAGAUUUUCUCUUCUUUUGUUCACAGUAGCGUCUCUUAUGUCUGUUAGCAAAACCACACCUAGAAACCACAACUUCCCCAAAGUAAAAAAUAAGAAGGGCUGUUAGUUUCAAGGAAGUCAGUGUUAAUUUUAGGCCACACCUGCAGAAGUGCAACAUUUCCUGCAUACAGAAACUAGAUAAAAACCAGAAAUGGAACAAAAUUAUUAUUCCUGGUACUAACCUCUCAAGCAAAGACACUGAGCUGGUGCUGGCAAACUAUAGACUGCAGCUUAUUUAAGGGCAUCUGCAAUUAAGAAAAAUGGCAACAAUAACAGCUCUUCUAGGAAGACUUUCCACAAGAGUUUGGAGUGUCUCUGUGGGAAUUUGAGCCAAUUCAGCCACAAGAGAAUUUGUAAGGUCGGGCACUGAUGUUGGACGACAACCUCUGGCUUGCAGUCGCUGUUCCAGUUUAUUCCAAAGGUAUUUAACAGGGUUGGUGUCAGGGUUCUUUGCAGGCCACUUGAGUUCCUCCACACCAGCCUUGUUGGACCAUGUCUUUAUGGGCGCAGGGCACAGUCACGCCCCACAGUCUAUUUGUGCAGAGGGGCACAGUCAUGCUGGAACAGGAAUGGGCCUUCCUCAAACUGUUGUCACAAAGUUGGAAGCACCAAAUUGUCUAAAAUGUCUUUGUAUUCUGUAGCAGUAGCUUUUACUGGAACCAAGCGGCCUAGCCCCAACCCUGCAACACAGCCCCAGACCAUUAUCCCUCCUCCACCAAAUUUUACAGUAGGCACUAUGCAUUCCGGUAGGUAGCAUUCUCGUGGCAUCCACCAUACCCAGAUGAGUCUAUAAGACUAUCACAUAGGGAAGCAUGAUUCAUCACUCCAGAGAACAUGUUCCCCUACUCCAGUGGCAUCCAGUGGUGGCAUGCUUUACACCACUCCAGCCGACGCUUGGCAUUGAAACCCAUUCCAUGAAGCUCCCAACACAGUUCUUUUGCUGAUGCUGCUUCCAGAGGCAGUUUCGACCUCUAUGUUUUAGAAGGAAACGACAAUUUGGAUUUUAUUUGCCAAGCUAGAGACACUUGAUGAACAGCAAGUCCCACCUCUCCCAUCUACUCCUUGGUUAUUACACUCAUGAUCCAGGGAAGCCCUGUGACCUGAGGAUAGUUCUGGUGGGGAAGACUGGAGCUGGGAAGAGUGCAACAGGAAACACCAUCCUGGGGAGGGAAGACGCCUUUAAAGCAGAGGCCUCUGCGGUGUCUGUGACUGCAGAGACUAAGAAGCAGAGUGGAGAGGUGGAUGGGAAGAUGAUUCAUGUGAUUGACACCCCGGGACUCUUUGACACUUCAGUGGAUUCAGAAAAGAUGAAGAUAGAAAUAGAUAAGUGUAUUAAGAUGUCCGUCCCAGGACCCCAUGUGUUCCUGCUGGUGAUGAAACUGACGAGGUUCACCGAGGAGGAGAGGAACACCGUGAUGUGGAUCCAGGAGAACUUUGGAGAAGAGGCCUCAAAGUACUCAAUAGUGUUGUUUACUGGAAAAGAUCAGCUGGGGUCAAAAACUGUUAAUGAGUUUGUGGAGAAGAGCGACCCGCUCAAAGCCAUCAUGCAGAAUUGUGGAGGUAGAUAUCAUUCUUUUAAUAAUAAAGCUGAUUUAAUGGACCGUACUCAGGUCAGAGAGUUGCUGCAGAAGAUGGAGGAGAUGGUGGAAGGGAAUGAAGAGAAAUACUACACCAACGAGAUGUUCCUGAAGGCCCAGGAGAUUCUGGAAUGGGAAAAUAGUUCAUUUGUGAAAUUUGUCAAAUCGUUACCUAAAACUGUGCGCAUAGUGACCCAACCGGUCUGGGCUGGGGCAAUACUGUUACAUCAGAGAGGUAAAAUAAUUAGCAUUCAUAAAAAGGUCCAAGAUGUAUUAUGGGGAACAGAUAUGGUUAGGGAAGAGAUCAGAGGACCUGCAAACCCAUCAGACCCAGAAAAUGACCCAGAUUCAGAACCCAAUGAGGCCUCUAAUGUAUCUGGGUCAACACCAGCUGGCACCGAAUCAGACCCAGGAGAUUUUAUCUCCUCCACUUCUAGCCCAGCCAUCCAUAACCCAGCCAAUGCUAGCCCAGCCAUUCAUAACCCAACCAAUGCUAGCCCAGCCAUCCAUAACCCAGCCAAUGCUAGCCCAGCCAUCCAUAACCCAGCCAAUGCUAGCCCAGCCAUUCAUAACCCAACCAAUGCUAGCCCAGCCAUCCAUAACCCAGCCAAUGCUAGCCCAGCCAUUCAUAACCCAACCAAUGCCAUCCUUAGCUCAGACAGAAUUUCAACCAACAUAUCCAUCUCCAUUCCUUCUCUUGCAAAUGGAUCAGUAUACCUGGCAGUGGGAGCUGUUCUAGUGUGCAUUUUUGCAGUGUACCUGUACACAGGUCUGUCUAGGAUGAGAUAAAAUUAUCGUUACAGGAAGUAAUGAGCUGAGGCUGAGAAGUCAUCCAGAUUACUGAAGUUGAUUAGAGUGCUCCCUUAGAACAAUUAUUAUUCUACCUUGUUGGAGACACUGAGUUGAAUGAAAAAGCACAGUACACAUUAAUAUGCUAUACAUUGAAACAGAAAAAAAGAAAAAAACAUUGUUAUAUCUAGAAUUAGAAAACAUAUUUCUAUAACACAGUUCUAUACAGCCUAUCUGUCAGCUGGGCUGUGCAGUAAUAUAUUGCACUUGGAUUUCAGGUGGACUGAAAGUGGUUUAACUGUAGCAAACAUCUUCACCGGGAAUAACCAGAAGAAAACCAGACAACAUUUGUAGCCUGGAUCCUCUCUAGGAUUCUUUGUUCCUACAUUUUUAGAUAGUGAACACCUUUGUUUAUGUAUCUACAUUACUUGAUCUUUUGAGUUUUCUUUGGGUAUCUGUAAAGACAAAUAUUGACAAAAUAUUUUGAUUUACAACAAUAUAUGUGAUUGAUUUGUAUACAAGUCUUUUAAUACUUAUACAUGAGUCAACAGAGUCUUUCUAAUCAGAAUGAAUACUUUGAUCCAUUUCAUUUUCUAAAAUAAUUUUUUAUGUAAGCCAUCAAUACAAGGUAUUGUAACUGAUGUGUAAUAAAUCCCUUCUAACAACCAUAGUUUUUCUUGGUUUUGUCCCCAUUAUGUCAGCUGGCUCCCUCUAGUGGUGACACUGAACACAACACCAGACAACAGUUCAGUGUCUGUUACAAGUCUAGAAAGUCACACUUGGCGGGGAUUGCGAACCAGGCCUUCUCAUCCAACAUCAGUGUCUGACCUCACAAAUGCUAUUUUGGCUGAAUGGACACAAAUGUCCACAGAGACACUCCAAACUCUUGUGGAAAGCCUUCCCAGAAAAGUGGUGGCUGUUAUAGCUGCAAGGAGCAGGGGACACUGAACUCUACACAGAACAAUGUAGACCUCCCUAGUCUACACUGGGCCUGUACAGUAAAGCAUGUAGACCUCCCCAGUCUACUCUGGGCCUGAACAGUAAAACACAUGGACCUCCCCAUUCUACACUGAGCCUGUACAGUAAAGCAUACACACCUCUCCAGUCUGCACUGAGCCUGUACAGUUAAGCAUGUCAACAUGCCCAGUCUACUUUUUGCCUGUACAGUAUACGGUAUUUAAACCAGUGGGUGUGAUGAUUCAUUUCUACUCUUUCCUUAGAAUCACUUUCACUUCCAUUUCAUAACCUCUCACCUUACUGCAAUACAUAAUUACACAGAACUGUGGUGUAUCAAAACCAAUAUCCCAAAUAAAUCUGAUUAAAUCUCAUGUGAUUGUACCAAUAAACCCAGUUGAAAACA